AUGCCUCGUGUCGCAAAUAAAGCCCACCGUCGCUCCGGCGGCGGGAACUCUACCCCUCAGAAGAACGCGCCCAUCAAGAUUCCCCUCAACGAUGAUAUGGGCGAGAAAGCGGCGCGCAUGGAGGCCCGACAGGCGCUCCACGACCGUCAGAUGAAUCAGAUCAAGGCCGCAGUCAAGACACCAAUGCCCGCCCGUCGAUAUCGCGAAGGCAGCGACGACAGCCCAGCGACGCCUCGAGCAUCCAGCCAUCGCGGUCGCGAAAGCGACGUCAGUGGCCGGGGCGUAACACCGAUGAAGCGUGUGCCCAUUUUGGCAAACUUUGAGGAAUGGAUGAAGAUGGCUACCGAUAAUAAAAUCAACGCAAACAACUCCUGGAACUUUGCCCUGAUCGACUACUUCCACGACAUGUCGCUUUUGAAGGAAGGAGACGGCGUGAACUUCCAGAAGGCGAGUUGCACACUCGAUGGCUGUGUCAAGAUUUAUACCAGCCGUGUGGAUAGUGUUGCGACCGAGACGGGAAAGCUCCUGAGUGGUCUGGCUGACAGUCGCGAUAAGCGCGCCCGUGAUAAUGAGGCCGAAGGAGAGGAUGGGGAUGAGGACGAGGAUGGUGAAGAGGGUGGAGGGCGCAAGUCGCGCAAGAAGACACGAUCGCACGAAGCCACACUCGCCCCGUCUUUCAACUCAUUACAACUGAAGAAAUUCGAACUAGAGUUUGCCGUGGACCCCCUCUUCAAGAAGGCCUCCGCCGAUUUCGAUGAGGGUGGAGCCAAGGGCUUACUCCUCAACCACCUUGCUAUUGAUGGACAUGGAAGAAUCGUGUUUGACAGCAGUGAUGAUGCUGUUGAUGAUAGCUCAAAAACUGCUGAUGGCGACGGUGACCGCCAGGAGUCUGUGGACCCAGAAUCUCAGGGCCAAGAUAAAUCAAAACCUUCGCAACAGGCUAGCGAUACGUUUGAUGACGACUCGGACAUUGAUCUUGCGACUCUGGCGAGUCAGUUCUUCCCAGAUCUCGAUCGCCUUGGCGAGCAAGAUAUCUGUCCCUCUUUGAAGAACUUUGAUCUCGGUGAUCCCAGUGGAAACCUAGAUAUUCCUCUCCUCAAAGCCCCAGAUGACUGGAGGCAUGACAAGGCCGACGAGGACCAUGACCGACAAGAAGACCCGUCCGGUAUCAUGCUAGACGAUGAUAAUGCAGUUGGCUUUGACGAUGAUGAUCUGGGUGGCUUUGACCUGAGCGAGGACGCUGGUUUCGGCGAUGGUGGAGAGGCCUGGGCAAGAGAGGCCGCUCUCGAGCCUAUGCUCAAAGUUCACCGACUUUCUCACGACGGCCAGGAUGCUGAUGGUGAUGAGGAAAUGGUUGACGAGGAUACCUUUGCUAUUUCCAUGUCUCACCAACCCAGCAAACAAGACCACGAGAGCAUACUCAGCUACUUUGAUAACGCGCUCCAGAAGAACUGGGCCGGUCCUGAACAUUGGAAGAUCCGAAGGAUCAAAGAUACGACAGCUGCCAAGGAUACGAAUGCGGCACCGAAACAGCGCAAGGAGAAGGAACCAUUCGAGAUUGACUUCUCCGCGCCUCUCGACCCUGCUAUUGCCGAACUCAUUUACACACCUGCCAGUUCCAACUCUGCGAUCUCCGUGCCAAAGACCCAAUGGAAGACCAAGGGACGCAAUCUUCUGCCCGAUGAUAAACAUUUCAACUCUAAGAGCUUGCUCAGCCUCUUCCUGAAACCCAAGGCCCGCAUGGGAUCAAAGAAGCUCUUAGGUCGGAGAACACAAAACGUUAGACCUGAGCAAGUAUCCGGACACGGCGACAUGGACGAGGCAUUCUGGGCAAACCACAAGACAGAGGAUACGACGGCCGAUGAGGGAGUUGGUGGCGCUUACGAUGCCAACUUCUUCGCGGACGACGAUGGUCUUGCUUUCCCGAACGGCAUGGACCUUGAUGAUGACGAUGAUAACAUGCCUUUCGCGGACGCACGAGAGAUGCUGUCUCCGGCAGCUGAGGGCCGUCCAGGAACUGCCGUUGGAAAUGCCACUGGGAUCACCGCUUUACUGAACAUGGUCGGUGCAACACCAGGCCGCCCCGGUGCAGGCGGAUAUGGAUCUCAGCUUGUGACCCAAGGUGGACGCCGUGCACGACCGGACUAUGUUAAUUACGCCCGCGUGGCCAAGAAGGUGGAUGUCCGCCGACUAAAGGUUGAGAUGUGGAAGGGCAUGGGUGAACGUUUGGUUGCUUCUCCUGAAUUAAGCUCUGACUCACAACCAGGGGCAGUCUCAAGUGACGCUCCAGCUGAACCUGACAGCGAAGCUGAUGAUCCGGUCCCCCCUACUCCUCAAUCGAAUAGCCCAGCCAAGGGUCACGAUUCUGAUAAGGACGGUCGCCUACGCUUCACGCAGAUCAUGAACAGUUUGAAGGAGGUCUAUCCCACUGAGAUGCUGCGCGAUAUCAGCACAUCAUUCGGCUUCAUUUGUCUACUCCAUCUGGCCAACGAGCAAGGCCUCGUUCUGGAGAGUGACAUGGACCAGAUCGCUAAUGGUGCCAUCAGUCUGGAGGAGAUUUUCGUCAGCCGUGAUGCCCAUGCCAUUCUGGAAGAGGGAGGGAUUUGA